AAUGGCUGCCGGGAGACAGACAAUGGCUGGAUCCUUUAUUAUAAUGGAAAGAUAAAGACACCACUGACCUCCAUUAAUGGCUACUGGAAACGGAAUAGCAUCUAAAUUCCAUCUCUUCCCCACUUUUUCCCCAUCAAAUCCAAGCUUCUUCCACAUUAAUUCUUAACAAAUUUCGAGCAAAACCCCAAUUCCUGUUCUUAUUGCUUUCGAUUCGAAAUAAUUUCCACAGUUUAAUUCAGUUUUUGCAGAAACAGAGCUAUGGAUCCAGAUCUGACCAAACCAUGGGCGUUGCCGGAAGAAUUUCUGAAACGAACAUUUGCGUUGAUCAACUCCGAUAAGGAUCGGAACUCGGCGUCACUCGUUUGCAAAGACUGGUACAACGCCGAGCGGUUUAGCCGCCGCCACGUCUCCAUCAGAAACUGCUACUCCGUUUCACCGGAAAUUGUAGCUGCGAGGUUUCCGGGGAUCCGGAGCGUUACACUGAAGGGGAAGCCUCGGUUUUCCGAUUUCAAUUUGGUGCCGGAGGAUUGGGGAGCCGAUGUUCAAUCAUGGCUGAGUGUUUUCGCGGCGGCGUAUCCUUUUCUGGAGGAGCUGCGGCUGAAGAGAAUGGCGGUUUCCGAUGAGAGUUUGGAGUAUUUAGCUAUGAAUUUUCACGGUUUUAAAGCUUUGUCGUUAUUGAGCUGUGAUGGUUUCAGUACUAUUGGGUUGGAAGCCAUUGUUACUCAUUGCAAAAACUUGACGGAAUUAGACCUACAAGAGAAUGGGAUCGACGAUCUUGGUGGAGAUUGGUUGAGUUACGUCCCGGAAAACCUAACCUCGUUAGAAGUUCUCAAUUUCGCAGCUCUGGAUAGCGAAGUCAGCUUCGAUGCGUUGGAGAGUCUCGUUUCUCGAUGCAAAUCGUUACGGGUUCUAAAAGUUAACCGAAAGAUAAGUUUGGAUCAAUUGCGAAGGCUUAUCGAGCUUGCUCCAAAGUUAACGGAGCUCGGUACCGGUUCAUUCGCGGAAGACCUCGUGUCGAGUUCCGUCACCGAGCUCGAAAGUGCAUUCAGCAAAUGUCGAGAUUUGCAUACGCUUUCCGGUUUUUGGGACGUUACUUUGCUUUAUCUACCCGUUAUAUUUCCCGUUUGCGGUAAUUUGACGUUUUUGAAUCUGAGUUACGCGACUCUCGGGGCUAUUGAACUCGAGUGCAUUCUUACUCGUUGCAAAAGCCUACGUCGCCUUUGGGUUCUUGAUACGGUAGGCGACGAGGGUUUAGAAAUGGUUGGAUCGUGCUGCCCGUUGCUAGAAGAACUCCGAGUCUUCCCAGCCGAUCCAUUUAACCAAGAACUCGGUGUGACGGAGUCGGGUUUCCUGUCUGUAUCUAACGGCUGUCCGAACCUACAUUACGUGCUCUACUUUUGCCAACGGAUGACAAAUGCUGCAGUCGCCACCGUUGCCCAAAACUGCCCGAAUUUCACUCACUUCCGUCUUUGCAUAAUGAGUCCCGGAGAACCAGACUACCUAACUAACGAGCCCAUGGAUGAGGCCUUCGGUGCGAUCGUCAAGACAUGUCCCAACCUUCGACGGCUCUCCGUUUCCGGCCGGUUAACCGACCUCGCUUUCGAAUACAUCGGAAAUCACGCGAAAAACCUCGAGACGUUUUCGGUGGCGUUUGCAGGCACUAGUGAUUUGGGGAUGGAGUAUGUGAUGAGAGGCUGCCCGAAACUGAGGAGGGUCGAGAUACGAGACUGCCCGUUUGGAGACAAUGCGUUGCUUUCGGGUUUGGCCCAAUACGAGUCGAUGCGGUCGUUGUGGAUGUCGGCUUGUAAUGUGACGACCGACGGUUGUAAGAAGUUGGCCGACGAGAUGCCGAGAUUGAACGUUGAGGUGAUCAAAGAUGACGGUGGUGAAGAUGGCAGUGCCGAUAAGGUUUAUAUCUAUCGAACCGUUGCUGGACCAAGAACCGAUGCUCCUCCGUUUGUUGUGACACUUUGACUGAACGUCAGGCGGGCCUAGUGCUCGAGAAACGCUGUCGAUGCCUGAGUUUCCGAUGCGAAAAACGUCUGUAGGAACGUAUUUAUAUUUUGAUUUGGGUUGUUUUGCGACUCUAAUGAGGUAGAACAAGAGAAUGUACUUCGGAGAAUCAUUUGUUAUUUUAAAUUAUGAUAUUUGAUAUCUUUGACCC